AUGAUUACGGCGCUAUCUCAACAGUUCACGCGUCUCCUAAGACGGACCUCCUCAAGCCUCCAGGAGAAUCUACAGCGUUUCCGUUCAGAUCUAUUUUCCGAACUUGAUUGGGACCUUAAAACGGACAUUAAUAAGGGACAGGCGAACAAUUUUGCUUCCAGGGAUACACUUAAUGAUGAUUACGACAGCAGGGAUGACGGCGAUUCUGAAGGUGAGGAAGAUGAAGACAGCGAGGGGGAGGAGGUUGAGCAGCCUAAGACCUCCAACUGUUGUCUUUUCUGUUCCUUCUUUGAAUGCAUUGCCUUCCACCGGAUGCCAGUUGAACCGUUUGAUGCAGUUUACUAUCGCCUACAGGGCUGCAUUGAACAGUGUCCCACCGGGUGUCCAACUUGCAUUCCAAGGCGGAAUGAGGAAGAGUGGCGCUUUCCCCAACUCUUUGGGCAGAGAUAUGCCAUGUGUUACUGUUGCACCCGGCCUGGUGGUAUCAUACUCACUAAGUACCUCGACUGCAUCCUUUGCCCCUUAUGUGUUGUCUGGGACACAGUAAAGGGUGCUGAUUAUGGAUACCGCAGAUUUCGAGUGCAGGCCAGAAUCCACAGGCACUAUGAGAGUGAAUCCGUUCCAAAUACAUGGUGGGUAUGA